AUGGCCGGCGCAACAGACAACCUUAUCCGACCGAGCUUGGUGUCGUUCGAUGUCCUCAAGACGAAGCAUGUCACGAUGGUCUGCUUCGACGGUCUGUCUCGCCCAGCAACCGAAGUGACCGACUGCGUGGCCUCGGUGGAUUUCGAGUCCGACUUGCCUGGCCAAGGUUUCACGACGAUUUUCACAACCCGGGACCUGGGGCCCAAGAACUUCGACAUCAUUGUUGGCAAGCCGUGGUUCCAUGACUUCAAUCCAGUCAUCGACUGGCGUUCGCAUGCCAUCAUCUCGAUUGAACGACGCAGCGGCCUUCCGACUUAUGAGCGACAACUGGCGCCAGGGGCCCAGGAAGCGUACGUCAUCAAAGUCUCGGAAGUGCAACCAUUGCACGAGCCCCCCGCGGAAGUCAAGCGGCACCUCGACGAGUUUGCCGACGUGCUGCCAACCGAGCUUCCCGAUGAACUGCCACCAAGCCGUGCCGUGGACGUUGAGAUGACGAUGAAGCAGGACGCUCGCCCCCAGAAUAUGCCCGGGGUGCGCAUGGACAAGAUCGAACAAUACGCCGUGGCCGCCCCGUGGGUGUCGAACAUGUUCGGUGUGCCCAAACACGACGACGACGGCUCAACCAUCUCGCGCAUCCAGUGGCUCAAAGGCCUCUACCCUGCGGCGGUGAUCCGCUGGGUUCUCGACUACCGCCAUAUCAACUCACAAACGGAGGCGCCCGCAAUCCCAUUGCCGAAUGCCGACGACUUGUUCAACCGCAUGGCCGGCUGCCGGAUCUUCACUAAAAUGGAUCUCGCGUCGUGCCUGCCAGUCGGAAGGGUUGUCGGAAAGCGUGACGGGCUACCGCAAACCUCAGACUCAAAUGUUCGCAGCCAAUAG